AUGUCGGAGACCACCACCUUGCGCAAGCUCCUUGGCGACUACAACUUCAAGAUCGCAAACGCCUCCGAUGAGUACGUCUCGCGUCGUAAACAGCAAAUGGUGUUGUUUUUGACCUCAGCUGCCGCCACCAUCUUUGCAUCAAGAUUCGCCUACAAAUCCACCAUAUCUCGUCAGUACGUCCCCACAUUGUUUCAGGGCAACCACGCGCCUCCGUUGAGCUACAACUUCACCACUGACGCCGCAGUGGCGGUGGGCACAGGCACGAUGUUGUGCGGAACUGUGUCGUCGAUGCUCAUCUUUGGCGGGUGCUGGAUCCUCGAUGUGUCGUCGUUCAAGGAGUUCGGCUGGAAGAUGAAGACCAUGAUGGGAGGAUACGAGAAGGAAAGACAGUUGAGCGAGUUGCCCAUGGACGAAGAGAGCUCGAUGAUCCAGGACGGGUUGGUGGACAUCAUUGAGGGCAGAUAUGACUGGGACGAGGAGGAGAAGACUGAGUAGGAGUUCGGAGAGCCCACCUACUACCAUAUGCGAUAGGCACAGGCGGCAGGCCUAAACAGAUGUUUUAUCCUGCGACAUUGUCCAGUCUUCCAUGGACGCUGGCUGGUAGCUCAUAGGCGAGCCACAGGUUCAAUUUCAUGUACAUAGUGAUGAGUUCUUCCAAGGAGUCCGCACCAUUUGUGCAACUUCUUCAGCAGCUCGAAAUAAUGCUUAAAAGAGUAUCUGAAUUCUUUCGCUUACUUGUAUUAGCCUCAUCCUAUUCGGUGUGUCAAUUACGCAGAAGUUCAGGUUAAUCCUUCACGCACUUCAGUGAGAGUUAUUUCAUUUUCUACCGAGCGUCUUUUGGUAUCUAGUUAUGCCACAGUCCAUUUCUUAUAAUUUCCAUUUUUACAUAAUUUUCCAAUACAGCACUCUUC